AGUAAGCGUUUGAUCGAGCUGUUUAGCGUACGGUUUGUUCAGUUCGUUAGUCGUUGAAAGACAGUGGACUGUGCUACCUUCACUACCAGACGCGAUUUGUUUUCUUUUUUGGAUUAUUUACUUUAGAGACUGAAAAUGUGGGAUACUCUCAACAACGAUCCUUGUGAUGCAUGCCAAUUAACAAGAUCAAGUAGAAUGAUGUCAUGUGAAGCCAUAGAUGAUCCCUACCUGGACAAAGAAAACGUACAAUCCUUCAGCAUGAAGAGCGAAGAGCUGUCAAUGUAUGAUAGUGGGAGCCCCCUUCCAUGCAGAGAAACCUCCCCAACUCACUGCACCCAUUCGAAUCGUCGCCCCUUAGAAGAACAUGACUCCAACUCCCAGGACUCUGGCUAUGGAGCCAGCUAUCACGGAGAAAAAUUCCUAUCUUUCGGUUCGAGCUCCAUGUGCUCCAUGGAAGAUGAGUUUUUGGACUUCUCUGAUGUAGAGCCACUCGAAAAACCAAAUCUGCCGAAAGACUUUAACAAGCUGAUCACGAACCCGCUGAUCCUCAAAGGCAAAGAAAGGACGUCUCCUAGAGAUCCAAUCAUCAAGCCAUCAGUGUUCCGCAGAGCCCUAUCCUUGCAGAACACCGCCUGCUCAGGGGUCACUCCCAACAGCAGCAGGGUUCGCACCAGCUUGUUCAAGGCCGAUGCUGAAAAUCGUUCCUUCAAAAGACCAGAACCACCAAAUGAGACUGAGACGUCUGUUGGAGUGAAGAGAUCCAGGAUGUUCGAGGAUAGCGAAGACGAUGAAGAAGCCUUCGUGCCACAGUCAAGGCCGACUUUGCAAAGAGCCUUCUCUGCGACUGAAGAAAGUAUCAUGUACGCCGUACAAAAAUCUUCGACCGAUCCCGAUUUGAUCGGAGACUUCAGCAGGAGUUUCAGCCUACCGUUGACUAGAAGUCGUCACCAAGACCUAAAAGCGAUUACGGCUCAGACUCUGGCCAGGCUGAUGGAAGGGAAUUUCGAUGAUGCCAUUGGAUCUUACAAGGUCAUCGACUGCCGGUAUCCUUAUGAAUUUGAGGGGGGCCAUAUCGAAGGAGCUACCAAUAUUUACACUAAGGAACAGUGCAUGGAAUUACUGGCUGACAGUCAAGUUACUGCACAAAACUCCACUAAAAGGCAUAUUCUGGUGUUCCACUGUGAAUUCUCCAGUGAACGAGGACCUAAUCUUUACCGUUAUCUGAGGAAAGAGGACAGACACAAGAAUGAAAGUGACUAUCCAUCCUUGAACUAUCCUGAAAUAUACCUCCUGGAAGGUGGCUACAAAACCUUCUUCCAACAGUUCUCAGAGAUGUGCACUCCUGUGGCAUACAAAGAGAUGAAUCACCCAGAUCAUGAAGAAGAUUUGAGACACUUCAGACAAAAAUCGAAGACAUGGAAUUGUGAUUCACGUAACCGCUUAACACAGGGAAGGAGCAUCAAGAGGUUAGGGAUGUAAACAUAGAUAUUUUAUACUGCCAUUUGAGUAUAGUACAAAUAGGGAGAAUGAACAAAUGAGAGUGUGAAAUGACAAAUUGUACAAAGUUUUGCACCACAUUGGGGCUAAAGAUAUAUAUAUAUAUAUUGAGACACAGUCUUUUACUAUGUAAAUAGAGUGUAUAAAAAUAAUUGAGGAAAUGUAUCUUACAUUGAGGAUUUUGAAAACAGCGUUCUAAUGAAUUUUUUUCGGAAAUCCUUGAGUGGGAUACGUUGAAUGCAUUUAAAAUGAAUAGGUUACUCAAGGAUUCAGCCAAUUCUAAAGAAUUUUAUCAUCAAUUUGACUUUUUUUUCAAUUAGUUAUAAAAAAUACGUUGUUUUUACUGUCUAUCUCUUUGUAGCAUCUAUUUUCGCUAAAGCAUACCUGUCUCUAUCAUUCAAUGAAUGAGCUGAUUUAUGCAAUGCUAAGUCACCAAAGUGUUUAAUGGUUUUGAAUUUGACUCAAUGACAGAUCCAGUCCAUCUAUUUAAUUUCAUAUGUGCAAUUUAUUUCGCAAUAAAAAUGUGAUGUUGCCAUCGAAACUGGGGCAUUUUAUAAGGUUCUGGUAUAGUUGGUAGGCAAAUAUAUUUAUUUGAUUUUAAUCAUAAGAUAUAGUUACUGGUAUUUUUGUACUUCAGCAUAAUGUCAUGUGUUCUUAGUUGUUUUAAUUAACUGAAUUGAUCAAAUUGAGAAAAUAUUGUAAAUUGUGAUGCGUCUCAUCUGACAGACUGAAAAUUUGAAUAGUAAUUUAAAUCGAUUUUUAAGUGGUGAUAAAUUAGUUUUGUAAAUAAAAUUAUUUUUAAUUU